AUGGCAGAGUCAACAAAGGACUACCUGAUCGGAACUAACCAGCAUGCCAGUUCUAGACUAAACCUCCAGCAUUACUGGGCGACCCUCACCUGCGGCUACCUCCUGCACCCCGAUAUUCCCGUCCCCGAAGACGCGCGGAUUGCUGAUAUAGCAACCGGGACUGGAAUAUGGCCCAUCUCCCUGUCCCUUGCCCUCCCCGCCUCAGUCCAACUAAACGGCUUCGACAUAACAGACGCCCAAUUUCCACCGCGCGAGUGGCUUCCGCCGAACGUGCGUCUCGAGAAACUCGACAUCCUCGGCCCCGUGCCGCAGGAGCUGCGCGGACGAUACGAUGUCGUUGCGAUCCGGUUCUUCUCGCUGAUGGUCAUGGAUAACGAUGUAAGCAUUUUGCUAGGUAAUCUGUUGUCCCUGUUGAAGCCUGGUGGCUACCUGCAGUGGAUUGAGCCCGACAUCUCUGCAUCGAGGGCAAUCUCGCCGCGGCCGGAUAUCUGCAGCGAAGCCGCUGAGGCGCUUAUGCGGGAUGCAGCGCAGUUCUUGAAGGAUUUCAACAUCUCUUACGACUGGCUGCACGCCCUCCCAACAACAUGCAAGAACCUCGGAAUGGUGAACGUGGCGCAAUACAACCCCCCAACCAUCGAAGCCAUCCGCCCGAUCUUCGCGUACGGGACUGUUGGCGCGUACGAGGAGUUUAGCUACUCGAUCCUAGACAAGUAUGGACCGACCCCGUCAUUGGGGAGCGGGGAUGACCUGCGGAAGAGGCUGGAAGUUGUGAGGGGUGAGCUGGAGAAUGGGGUUGCGUUUGAGCAGCCGCUUUAUGUGCUUGUUGCGCAGAGGCCUGGCUUGAGUAUUAUGAGUGGGUGA